CUUUGCUUUCCGUGCCAUUCAUUUAUAACGCAGCCACUUAUACAGUGCACAGGCACAUAGGCAAGAUCAGUGCUCCAACAGCCGGUCGCUCAUCCCUGGAAGAGCACAUAAGUAAUUGGACAGGCAAAGUCAGAUCAUCCGGCGCGCCCAAACAGAUUAAAGAGGGACGGAGCAUUUUGACUCAAGACGCGCAGGCACAGCAGCGCACACAUCACACUUGGACCUGACAGUUCACCUAUUAAUCCGCAAACUACCUGCAGUUUAACAUGGAGCGGAGCAUCCCUAAUUUUGCAGGCACAUGGGAGAUGAAGAGUUCUGAAAACUUCGAGGAUCUCUUGAAAAAGUUGGGUGUGAAUGUGAUGCUGAGUUUUCCACGUUGGGAAUCCGAUAGUAAGAUCAGCUGUGAGCAGACUCUGCAGAAAGGAGAAGGGCCUAAGACGUGCUGGACCCGAGAGAUUACCAAUGACGGCAAACUGAUCCUGACCAUGGGAGCAGAUGAUGUGAUAUGCACCAGAGUCUACGAGCGACAAUGAACAAGAGCACUUCUCACUUUCGUCCUUCCAGCUCCCCGUGUCCUGCAUCACCACUUGCAUCUCUACUCCCCCUUUGUUAUGGCAGCCUGUCUAUAGUUUUAUUCCAGUAUCUCUUCAUUAUGUAAUACAUGUGGUAACUGUAUCUAGUAUAGUAUAUCUACACGAUGGUCUUAGAGUUAUCCCCCCUGUCUCUCCAGCUCUAUCAAACAUGACCAGCUGGGUUUUAAACAUGAAAAUGUAUGUUGGUUUUGUUGAUUGACAGCUCAUCUAUUUGGCUUUAUGUUUGUGUGUGUGUGUGUGUGUGUGUGUGUGUGUGUGUGUGUGUGUGUGUGUGUGUGUGUGUGUGUGUGUGUGUGUGUGUGUGUGUGUGUGUGUGUGUGUGUGUGUGUGUGUGUGUGUGUGUGAGAUAGCAAGUUGGUGUGACAGCAGAAGAGGUGUUAGACUAUAUCUGUAGAUGUGUAAACCAAUCUUUCAGCUCUUCCAGUUUCAGGUCAGUUUUGAUGUGCCCCUCCUCCCGGUUCCUUUAGCCCUGCCCAACAAUUUUAACUUUUGCUAUUUUACAACGUUUUAUAUUUAUUACUAUACUAGGAGUCUGAUACAGUACUGCUAAAGUUUCUACUUUGCGUCUCUUUUAUAUGAAAUGUGAUCGUAGGAAACAACACUUUCUAUGGGAAAGCAAUAAGCACGAUACAAACUCAG